AUGCCCAUAACGAGCCCACCAGAAACACCAAAGCGCUCCAGAACGCCUGCAAGACCAGUCCCACUACGCAGCUCCCCCUCGGCAUCUACCACGACAAGCUACGAUACUCGCCAUGACCUGCGCUCGCGGCCUUCCGGCACUUCCCUGACAAACCUCGCCCAGCGCUCGGAAUCGCCAUUCGACGCGCUACUGGGCAUGGAGGCAGAGUUCAUGGAUAGUCCUACAGAGGUCACACCGAAUGAUACACCUCCUGGCCCGAGCCGGCAACCGUCAGAAUACUUGCCAAGCGCUCGUCCGCAAGCAGAUGUGCCCCCGAAUAGAGGACGAACCCAGGCCCUUGAAGAUGAUUCUUCAACCAGGGAGCAUUCUCAAAGUCGCUCAAAGACUGGCCCCGAGCCCCGGUUCAAGACUCCCACCUUCUUCGUAACCCGUGCGACGCCAUCUGUGACUUCUUCAAACCAAAAACCCAAGCCCAAGGUCUCUCGGCUGAAUACCAAUCUCGCUCACAGCUCCUCGCCGUCAUCACCCACAAAGAUGGUCAGUCCGGGCAUCAAGCACUGGCAACAGGUCAGAGCUCAUGUGAUGGCGCCAACUCCGGUCGAAGAGCGCGGGUCGAGGUCUAGCAAGAAAUCAGGUCUGGUGUCCAAAGCUGCUGGCAGAUUCGGUUUUCGCCAUGCAGCGGAUAAUGUCAUUGGGUAUAAUGACCGCCGUCGAUCCAUGAUGGGCUUGCUGGCGGAUCUCAACGAGCUCACGGAAGAGCAAAAGGAAGAGAUCGUCCGCGAACGGAGAAAGUUUGCCAGAGAUAUCAAGACGUGCAUCGACGCCUGUGCUUUGGAGGAAAGCCGACGGAGACUUUAUCGAUUGGGGUAUGGGCGAGACCCAUUCAGCGACGCCAAAUCCAGCGGCACGUCGAUUCAUACCAGUGCCGUUCACGCGCACCCGCACGCAGCCCAGCGAUUCACCUUUGACCCUUCAUUCUCCGCCUUUGCUCCCCUCCUCACUGAGUUCCACAAAUACCUUCCUGCCGCUCGUGCAAAGAAACCUUGGUCUCGCACUUGCCCCCAUCAUGCGGAGAUCCUCGCCGAGCUGGGCGUGGCUUUCCUUCAAGACUCGUCUUCUACGGAGGGCGAGAAGCAACAGGCUUUGGAGUUGUUUGGGACCAUUGUGAAAAUUUGGGCUGCAGACUCGGCGGAGGAGGUGCUUGUGAGAUGGCAGUGGCUUUGCCGCGCUCUUUGCACCGACGACAGACAUAUUCGGAAUCGAGGUCUUGACCUGCUAGACAACAUUCUCCACCUCGACCCCUCCCUCCCGCGAGGGCACGAACAGCCACAUACAGCGCUUUCCUUCCAUGCCCUCUCAUCCGACCUCAUCAUUCUCUUACACGCUGUUGAAUCAUCCCAGUACCCUCAGCAGUCCCAUGAGCAAGCUGUAAGAGGGUGGAUAGACGAGCUCAGAGAGGGGAAACUUAUGAAGGUGGAGGAGGCGUCGUUGGUCGAGCUGGUGGGACAUGUGGAUCUGGGGAUGGUCACGAUGGGUGGAGUGGAGAAGGAACUCAUGUGGAUGGCAGUUGGCUCGGUGCUUCAGACCCAUCCUUAUCUUGCAGAGUGGCUCUUAUCAGGGGACAACCCGGCGAUGCUUCAAUUCUUCCUUCCACCAUUACUCCAUGCCACGCCCUCCUAUAUCCCGCCGAUCCGAAGUCAUACUACUACUCUCCUGCUUACAUCGUUUAUAUCCCUCAUUCGAUCUUCAUCGAGCCAUGCCCUGCCAUCAGUCAUCUGGAAUACCGUCACUACCCAUAUCUUGCCGCAGCUUGGAGAGCUCCCCGGGGAUGAUCUGGCUAAAGCCUUGGGAGUCUUGGUAUUCGAGACAGAGGCACAUGCUUGGAGGGCAGACAUGGGCGACGCAGAUGAUCCGUUUGGGAUCCAAAUGCAGGGCGGUGACGGAGUAGUGGCCCAUAAGAGGUUGAUAGAGACACAUGUGGUGGUGGGAGGAAAGUGGAAGGUCCCGUUUAUGAAUGCUGCCAAACAGGUACUGAAAGACACGCCGAUAGAAGUGGCCUUUGCUAUGGCGCAUGGGUUUCUGCGUGAUAAAGGCUUAGUACCGCUUGCUAGAGAAUGUGUGCCAGUGCUGUUGGACCGCCUCGCGUCCGAUGUCGUACCUCCGCCAGCUGCUCGCAGUUUCCUCGCCUCCAUACAAACCCAUCAUCCUCAAGUAAUAUACAAACCCCUCUUCACGCUAUCCGCUUCGACCUCUCUGGCAUCCCUGACCCCUGCCCUCCGCACCCUUCAUCUCAUCUCGCCAACAAUCUUGCCAUACCAGCAAUACUGGUUGACAGAUCCGCAGAUGGUGACGAUUGUGCUCAUGGGUGACUCGGCGCCGAGGGUGAGCAAAGGAAAAGGGAAGGAAGGUGCGGACCAGGGCAGGAGGGAGGUGAGGCUGGGUAGGUGGGCAUUGUCGGUUGAGUUGAAUGUGGUAUUACUGCAUCAUCAAGAGAAGAGCGACCUGGACAAGAGAUGGAAGGUGUUUGGUGAGGGGCUGGAAGGGAGAUUGACAUCAUUCUUGGAGGCGGAGGAAAAGGAUGGCGACUUGCCAGAUGGGUAUCGCAAGCUGAUGUGUCAGCUAUUGCUAAGCAUCCGACUCAAAACGCAAUCCGUCAGAAAAGCUCCAUGGCUUGACAUGAUCUUGCGAUGGUUCGUACAGGUGGCCAAGGAAUACACUCCCAAGGAUAAAGAUGACUCAAUAGUCACCCUGCGUGGGGCGUACAAUACCCUCCUCGGUCAAGAUGCGGAUUCGGGUACUUCUCCAUCCUCAUCCACCUUUCCCUCAUCUACUUCUCUGGAAGAGCGACUGGCCAUUUUGGACCGACCAUUGGAACGAGUCGUCGCGUCACUACUUAUUGUAGUGCAUAGCGGUCUUAGCCCGGACGAUUGGGCAAGUCUCGUCCCAUAUCUGUGGGGAUGGUUGGGCAAGAAAAGAGUUGCGAUUAAGGAAGUGGGCUUCUUACUACAGAAAGGCGCAGAGAUCGUGCCGGGUCAGUUGGGAGGUGCCAUCUUAUCGGACCUCAGCAGUAAGGAACCACUCGCCCGCCGCCAAGCCCUUCACAAUCUAUCAACUCUAUUUGCCUGGCGUUUCCAAAUCACGGCUCAGCCAAUCGUGACUUCCCGCCGAGGUCCUCUGUUCCACUUUCCCACCAAAACCCUCGAGUUUGUUCCUACAGAGAUCGGAUCAUCCACAUGGGAAUCACCGCACGAUAUCCUGGAUGCUCAGCUUUCCAAGUUUGGACGGAUUCUGCCUUUGGAACUCCGACAGAGAUUGUUUGAGCUUGGGUGGAGCGAUGAAGAGGGUUUGCAAGGGAAGGCAGAUUGGGAGCAGAUUCCUGUCAGCGCGCUGCCCGGGCUAGAGUGGCAACAAGAAAGCGCUACGGGUGCGCUAUCAGGGCGGCCCUCGAGUCCGAUGAGAUCUUUGGCCAGAAGCGGAUCAAACACGUCUGGCCAUUCCUUCUCUUCAAAACGCCGAAAAGCCGUGUUUGCGCCCAUGCUCGUGCAGAUGGUCUAUGAGCAGAUCAAUGUCCUUUCAAGCGAAGCGGAUGGGCCUGUCAGCAAUCUUUCGCUCGAGCUUGUGCGACUAUUUCAAAGGGAUGAUGCUGCUGCCCUCUUGAAGCCGUUCACCGAGAGACUCCACUCUGAAACCCUAGAUGCCAUCGAGUUGAUCAACAAGAUCAGUGACUUUAUGGCACCAGGGUUUGCUUACUCUGCUCUCAACGCUCUUAUCGGCUAUACCAAGACAGCAUUGAAGGCGCACGGGCAAUUGGAAUGUUGGGAGGCGUCUCUCACCACGGUAGCUCGCAUUGUGCCUUUUGUGAGUGCUAUCUCGCUAAGAGACGUUCGCAAAAACAAGGCAGAACAUGUCUUGCUGCCUGCUUCAAUUCACGAAGAAGAAGGAGGCUUCAAGAUCCAUGCGCCCUGGCGUAAUGGUCAGCUUGGGGUUCAGACAGCCCAACUCCUGAUCCUGAACGAAACUCUCAAAGCAAACCCCCGCGAAGUGUACCUUGUAAAGAAGAUGCUUCACUAUCUGCAAAUACAAGAGUCUAUCCAAUACCUGCCCUUCGCUCGGGCGUGGAUCAUUCUGACCACCACCGCAUUCUCUUUCGUCAAUCGAAACUACAACGAUAGAGCGGAACUCCGUCACUUCUUGUCAAACGUGGGGGCCAUCUUGAAGAUGCACGGGAAGACCGACCUCUUGAUUACUUCUCAUUCAAUGAGAGUUCUUAUGCUUUGCUCUGCCCGCUUCCGCCGCGUCUUUACCUCCAUGGGCUUCUCAACCAUCAUGAGACCUGUGUAUGAGACGUAUGCCGGUGGUGAUGCGGCCACACGAGACGCCAUCGAGUACGCCGCGAGAAGCUUCUAUAGGAUACACGAAGAUGUCUUCGUCUACCAGGCGUGCGUGGCCAUAGCGGAAGGAGAUUACGACCCUGCCGCAGUGUAUCAGCUUCUCGCCAGUCUCUCGGCUGGAAAUUCACCGUCAUCUGGUGUCUCCUCCGGGGUCAGGGGUCUAAACGAUAAUGAGGAAAUUGACGCGCUGGUGCAGAUGACAUCUGGCCCGGAAAUCACUGUGUCCGAGAUUGGAAAGGAUGAAGACGAACGGAGGGCUAGCAAAUUGGCUUCCGUCACCCUUGACGACAAGAUCUUCCCCAAAGAGAACAUCAUCAAGCUUUUCAUGACUGCCAUCGCUUCCAACCCGUCUGCGCCCCGCGCUGCAAACUUCCUACGACUCCUAUCUGCCCUCAUCCCUAGCAUCAAGGACUCAGUCAGUCGAGCGUUGCUCACGGAGGGCGUAGAGGCUCUAGGAUCCAUCAUCACCAAAGGAAAGUCCGGAGACGAGGAGGCAAAGUCAACCUUCCAUCCGGGGGCUGAAGAAGCAGGAGACUGGACAAGAGCGAGACGAGAAUACGUCUUUUUGGUGGAGUCUUUCGCGAGGGCUGGUGGACAUCUUGGAACUUCGGCCACCCGUAGAACGUUGGAUAUGGUGCUAGACCUACUGAGAAAGCAACCUACGUCCGUUGGUCCUGCCGCUUCCAGCAUAGUAAGGGCACUGGCAGAAACACGCCUAGCAUCGUCUAGGUCCGCCUCCUUCCUGCGCGAGAUCGCUCCCAUCUUUCGGGCCUAUUUGGACGUCGUUGACUUCUCUGGCAUGCUCGAUUCAAUCGUGGCACUAGUCAAGCGUUCCAACUACGAGCUCGAUGCUGAGACAACAUCGAUCAUUGUGCACGACUAUGUCGAGCCAGCCGUCAGAUUGCUUGCGUCUGCUUCAGAAGAUAGCCUUGCCUUCAUUGUGCCUUUGAGGUCGAGCGCGGUGAAACUCCUGAGUGUAGCUGUAUUUCUGCGAGGUGAUGCUCUCGGGGCACUAGAGAGGCACCCGCCAAGUGCGAGUCUACUAGCUUCGCUCGUGCUUCCUCUCUGUCUCAUGCUUGAAGCACCGCGGGAGGUGGACCGACAAGAAGUCUACUCGGCUCUGUGGAUCAGACUCCUCCACUACGUGAUCAAGAGCCCUCAACCCCAGGAUGCUCGUACGCCCAAAGCAUCUGCGUCACUCGUACGCCACCCUCGCCUCAUUGCUGCUGAGGUCAUUCUCACCCUCCAGAUUGUGAAGAUUGUGGUGAUUAGAGCGCCGAGGAGUAUAUCAAAUGUGAAGGGCUUGUGGACGUAUGUCUCGCACCAUCUUCUCAGGACCAUUCAAGACGGGAAUGCGCAAUUUGCAGACCCCUUGCUUGGGCAGACAGCUCCUCGAGUGGUGGAUUGGUUGAUGUGGAGCGUCUUCGAGCUGGUCUCCCUUCACCCCAAUCCUCUUCAUAUUGAGCUUCAAGCAACCAUACACCAUACUCUUGCAGCGAUUGACAGCCAUGGUCAUCAUUCGUCUCAGCCUUCUACCCCAAAGUCAUCUACAACACCAUCUCAACAGCUGUAUUCGGGUCGAGUAAGGAGGUUGUCUGGAAUGCGAAUGCCAUCUUCUGCUGGCCAUGUCCGUACGCCUAGUGCUGGUGGGCUAGAUCAAACCCCCGAUAACAAACACAGACGUACAGCCAGCGGUCUAUCGGCCAUAGGACAAUCAAAUUCGCCCAGCCCCAGCCAUUCGCCAAAGGUGCCUGCUUCUCCCUUGGCUCCGGCAGGCGUCGGCCUUGGUCUAGGCUUCGGACACAAUCGCCAGCCCAGUUCUAGCAGCAUGGCUGAAGCCAGUCCUUCCGGGGCACAUCGCCCUUCGUUUGUAGAUAUGUCUGUCCGGCGAGCCUCACGACCAAACUUCGACGCCUUCCAGUCUUCUUCCAAUCCCAGUCACCGUUUCCCAUCGUCUGCGGGUAUCCGCAAUUUGGGUGGAAACGCAGAAAAGUCGGGUGGGGCAAUCAUACAUCUACUUGGAGCUCCCGCGCAGGUGUUAUCGGCUACCAGCAGCGGUUUUCCUACUCUUUCUCCUGCGUCCGCUGGAUCCAUGAACCCAGCAGCCGUUUUGGCUGCCCAGAGGGGAGAAAGGGCGUUAAAGGAAACGACUAUCAGCUCUACAGCCCUCACGACAAUGGCGAGUCAAGCUGUGCGGACGACUAUGUUGGUGCAUGGCUGGCAGAUGGGGUUUGGUGUUGAAGAAGACUCGCAGGAUGUGCGUAGCUGGACAGCCUUAGAUGCUCUGCACGUUCUCUCAGCUCAGACCAAACUCUUUGUGGAGGAGGAAUUCCGGGACGUGUUCUCCCCAGCAGCGUCCGAAGGUUGGCCGGACAGAGACGACGAUCAUUUGGAGAAAGGGCUUGUAGGCCUGGGACUUGAGGGGCAUGGCAUAUCCGUGAAAGAAGCGGAAGAUGUUGGCAGACCGUCCUUCGAAGAAUCACGACGUUUGAUAGGGGAGAGAGACUUUGGUGUGCCGCUGGUCUCAGUGUCGUCUUCCGGUUCUGGUCAUGCCUGA